CAGCCCCGACGAGGAGAGAAUCCCGAGUCUGGCGAGAUGCAGUCCUUCCCAUUUCCGUGCUCCAUCGGAAUCCGCCCGCAUUCCUCGAUACUUUCCCCAUUCGCUGCCGCGGCGUGGUCGGAAUUGAAAUUCGAAUCUCUUUCCCCGUUCAAUUCAACUGUUCAUUUCACGCGCCAACGAAAACCCUAGCCCCAAAAAAUAAAAAAUUCUUUUUUUUCUUGUUAUUUUUUUAAAUAAAAAAUUUCCGCUUCUUCUUCUUCUUCCUCCUCUUCUCUCUUUCCCAUUCAGUAUUGCCAUUGCUGUAGACCUCAGAGGGGGAAUCAGAUCUACUUCGUCUCCAUCACUCUCGCCACCAUUACCGUCCAUCACUCCCCCCUCUGUACAGUGGCUCAUGUCCUUAUCUGUCUGCAGCGUUAGCACUGUUCACGAGUGAUUGAUUGAGCCGUAAUCAUUCAUUCUGCUUCCACAAGCUCGUCCUCUCUGUCCGUUUGCUUUUUUCUGGGCGAAUGAGAGUGCGUAUGGGAGCUUGAAGCAGCGGCGGGACAAUGUCGGAGUUGAGGGUUUCCGAUCCCAGCAGGCUUCACUUGAGGCGGGAGCUCACUCAAAUCCGGAAAGCGGCGAGGGUGUUGCGCGACCCUGGCACUACUUCUUCCUGGAAGUCACCUCUCAGUUCCUCCAGAUCCAUCGCUCCUCCUCCUCCUUCUUCGGCUGCUUCUGCUCGGAGGAGCUCAGCCAAUGACGGCGGCAGGGCGGCGAACGGCUGGGGCGGCAACGCGGAGGGUGAGCGAGUCGAGAGCGAGAACAGGGUGGGAAAGGAUAAAGAGAAGCCGGUCUUUUUGUACAAUUGGAAGGCUCGGAGAUUUUCCGACAACGCUGCCGCCAAUGAUGAGGCUGAAGACGGCGAUCAGUCCUCCUCGUCCUCCGACUUGGCCCCGGGAGGCAGCCUUGGUGACAGCCACAGCGACGCCCACAACAACAGCUCGGCGUCCACCCUCUCCAGGCGCAGAGAUGCGAAUCUCACAGUUCUCGGCACUCCCUCCAUGAAGAGGACGUCGGGCGUCAGGAAGCGGGGCAAGAAGCUGAAUCCGCAUCUGGAUGCUUUGACUAAUUAUGCAGCUCGCAAGGGCGAGGACAUGUUCUUGGGCCACGUUCGGAGCUCAAUGACUGCGAGAGCUCGGUUAAAUGGAAAUGGUCAUCCUUCGGUGACUCUGAGCUCUGUCGAUCAAUCUGAUGAUGAUACGGAGGAGUACUCCAACUCAGAGGACAUAAGGCGGGUUUCCGGGGCAUCUCCACUGCUCUUGAAGUUCAAGCACAAGAACUGGACCCACUCGUCCUCCAAGUUCCUGAGGACCUCCAGGAGAGAUGACUCUUCCUAUACCUACAGCACCCCUGCAUUGUCCACUAGCUCUUUCAACAGGUACCGGAACCGCAAUCCCAGCACAAUCGGGUCUUGGGACGGGACUGCAACUUCUGUGAACGAUGGCGAUGACGAGUUUGAUGAUCCUCUGGAUCUCCCAGGCGGGCAGGGAUGCGGGAUCCCGUGCUACUGGUCGAAGAGGACCCCGAAACACAGAGGGAUGUGUGGAAGCUGUUGCUCUCCUUCCCUUUCGGACACACUGAGGAGAAAGGGAAGCAGCAUACUUUGUGGGAGCCAGUCCAUGUACAGCGUUAAACGGAGAUCUUUAUCUGGGUCCGCGAAGCGCAGCAGGAUUGCCUUGAAAAGUUCUCAGGGUGUUCUGCCUUUGCUCACUAAUAGCGGUGAUGGCAGAGGAAUGUCCUCCAUUGGAACAGGGAAUAGUGACGAUGAGCUUUCCACAAACUUUGGGGAGCUCGAUUUGGAGGCCUUGAGUAGGUUGGAUGGUAGAAGGUGGUCGAAUUGUCGGAGUCAAGACGGGUCCGAGAUUCUGGCUCUCAAUGGGGAUGGAGAGGAGGACAGCAUGCCCGAAAACAGUAGAAGCUUAAGUCAGAAAUAUAAGCCCAUCUUCUUUAAUGAAUUGAUUGGGCAAAACAUCGUCGUCCAGUCUCUUGCCAAUGCUGUUUCGAGGGGAAGAAUUGCCCCUGUAUAUCUCUUCCAAGGUCCACGAGGCACUGGAAAGACUUCCACAGCCAGAAUUUUUGCUGCAGCUCUGAACUGUCUGUCUUCAGAGGAGAGUAAGCCUUGUGGAUACUGCAAAGAAUGCACAGAAUUCAUCUCAGGAAAGAGCAGGGAUCUUUGCGAAGUGGAUGGGACCAAUAAAAAGGGAAUCGAUAAAGCCAGAUGCCUUCUCAAGAACUUGUCAGUUAGGCCACCGGUACCAUCAGCAUUUUCACGGUACAAGGUUUUCAUCAUCGAUGAAUGUCAUCUCUUGCCCUCAAAGACAUGGCUGACCUUUCUCAAAUUUGUCGAGGACCCGCCUCGGCGAGCUGUUUUUAUUUUCAUCACCACUGAUUUAGACAAUGUGCCCCGGACGGUACAAUCCCGGUGCCAGAAGUACCUAUUCAGUAAAAUCAAGGAUAGUGACAUAGUAAGCAGGCUAAGGAAGAUUUCUGCUGAGGAGAAUCUGGAUGUAGAGUCAGAUGCAUUGGAUUUGAUUGCUUUGAAUGCGGAUGGUUCGCUCCGAGAUGCUGAAACUAUGUUAGAUCAGUUGAGCUUGCUGGGCAAAAGAAUCACCACGUCUCUCGUAAAUGAACUUGUUGGUGUUGUUUCAGAUGAGAAACUAUUGGAUCUGCUAGAGCUAGCCAUGUCCUCGGAUACUAAAGAAACAGUGAGAAGAGCUCGGGAGUUGAUGGACUCUGGGGUUGAUCCAUUGCAUCUGAUGUCUCAGUUGGCCAGUCUCAUCAUGGACAUUAUUGCUGGGACUUACAAAAUGAGUGCGUCAAACUAUAGUGAACCACUUUUUGGCGGGCGAACCUUGAGCGAAGCCGAGUUGGAUAGAUUAAAGCAUGCUCUGAAGCUUCUUUCUGAGGCUGACAAGCAGUUGAGGGUUUCAAGUGAGCCCUCAACAUGGUUCGCUGCAACAUUGUUGCAGCUUGGUUCAGUACCUUCACCCGAAAUUUCUCAGUCCAGCAGCAGCCGAAGGCAAAGCUCGAGAACAACAGAGGAAGACCCAUCUGGUGCCUCAAGAGAAUACAUUUACAGGAGGAAGUCAGAUGGUCCUCUAAAGUCUGCUUCUCCUGCUGCCUUACUCAAAGAAUUCAAUGGAGAUAGCCACCAAGGAAAUGUUUCGUCGCAAAUAGAUGAUUUUAUUUCCAAAUUGAAGGCCUCACAUGAAGAAUACGUGAAUGGCUGUAACUCUGACGCAUCCUUCGAUGAUAUAGGCAGAAGUAAUGUAUUUAAAUUCUCAAACUUUGAGAAGUUGAAUAAUAUAUGGGAACAGUGUAUAGAGAGGUGCCAUUCAAAAACACUGAGGCAGCUGCUACACGCCCAUGGGAAGCUUGUUUCCAUUGCUGAAGCUGAAGGUAUUCUUGUUGCAUAUAUUGCAUUUGGGGAUAGAGAUAUAAAGUCCAGAGCUGAGAGGUUCUUGAGCAGUAUUACUAACUCGAUUGAAAAAGUUGUGAGGCGAAAUGUUGAGGUCAGGAUCAUUCUCCUCCCCAGUGGCGAGAGCCUACUAACGAAUGGAAGUUUGCUCGACUCACCAGAAUUGAGUAAAUCCGAGACAGCUCUGGCCACCAGGAAAGAAAGGAGAGAUGCUCAUCAUGAGUCGCUGAAAGUUUCGAGGGGAAGCUUUAAUGAUGUGGAAAGUAAGUUGAAAGGAGGAAAGCUUGAUGAUGGUAGGAAUUCUCCAUUGCUGGAUGGAACCCACCAAUCAAAUCAAGGAGUAUCGAAGCCGAUGGCUGAAGAGACCGAUGAGACAAAUCAGAAGAGGGAGGAGAUUCCGAUGCAGAGAGUAGAGUCAAUCAUCAGAGAGCAGAGGCUAGAAACUGCUUGGUUGCAAGCUACAGAGAAAGGAACUCCUGGCUCAUUGAAUCGACUGAGACCUGUAAAGAACCAAGUCUUACCUCAAGAAGGCAGUUAUGAUCAGCAUCAGAUGGAGUCGGUGACUUCAACAGCCUUAUCUUCUCAUAACUGGGAAGACGAACUGAAUCACGAUCUGAAGGUUCUGAAGAUUACUGAUGGGAAAACACCGCAGAAGGAUAAUGCGACUAAAACUCAUUACCCAGUAUCUCCAAGCCUGUUACAUGACAGCAACUUUGCAGGAACCUUCAAUAUGGAAAGCCUGGUGUAUGAGUCUACAUCUGGAAACGAGGGCUGUGGCGCACUGUUCUGUUGGAACAAAAAUAGACCUCACAAGAGGGAGAAGGCUAAAAGGACAGCAAUUCGAUCACGAAGGCAUGGACGGUUUUCAUUGUUUGGCAGGUGCGUGAAGCCAAAGUCAGAAAGCAGACUGAGGAGACGAACUGUAGAGUAGCUCAGCGUAUUUUCUCAUGUAAUUUUUCUGUAUGUAACGUUUUCCAAUUUGGCCAUUGCUGAAAAUGCGGAUGAGCGAGGUAUUUAAUGUAAAGGUUCGGCAAUCAAUCCGAUUUCCACAGCUAAGCUUGUCACCUUUUUACUUUUUUAAAUGAAACAAAUAAAAUCUGAAAGGAUAGAUGAUAGCUUAUAAGGCUCUUGGCGCGGUCGACCCAUUGGGAGCUUUGUUCA